CGGGAGAGAGAGCGCUUUAACUCCGAGCACUCGGCACCUGCCAACACUCCAAUGCCGUGCAGUCGUGGGCUUGUUGUAUGAAGUUUACAACUGGAUUUGGACUUGCUGCUCAUCUCGGUGCGUGGAUUCUUAAAGCUGCACCUACUGGAUGUACACGGUCCCAUAGUCUUACGGCUUCGUAUUGCAGCUUCGCUGGAAGUGAAUGAUAAAUUUCUCACUGGACAGCUACGCAAAGACACCUCGGAAAGCUGGAGAGUGGAUUUUUAAUCCGUGACCCUAAGGCUUGGCGCUCGUCGUGCCCGGUGCGUGCCGUCUAUGAUGAUUCGAGUCGUUCUUUCAUGAAAAUCGCCUGCCGCUGCCGAGUGGAAUGUGAAGCCAUACCUGCCAGUCUGCGCCCUGGAGCAGCUCAAGCGGAGUCUAAAGUGUCCCGCGGAGGCCCCCGCCUUUCUAAAUCUGGUGUCACCAUGGCGACAUUGGCUCUACCUAUGUUCUUGCUGACGUUGUGCUUCCCUGGCAUCCUUGGGAACCGGCAGUCCGCUCCCCGAGUGCACCUUUCCUAUAAAGAACUGAUGGAGACUCGCACAGCUCGUCCUUUCAGUUUCUCCUUCAACACAAGUGAUUAUCGAAUCCUGCUGAUGGACCAAGACCAGGAUCGACUCUAUCUUGGCAGUCGGGAAUAUGUAGUGGCAUUGGACAUGCAGAACGUCAACAAGGAGCCUCUCAUUAUCCACUGGCCAGCUUCUGUGCAGCGCCGUGGUGAAUGUAGGAUGGCAGGAAAAGGAGAACAGGGAGAAUGUGCCAAUUAUGUGCGGCUGGUAGAGCCAUGGAAUCGCACUCAUCUGUAUGCCUGUGGGACUGGAGCUUACAGUCCUGUGUGCACUUUCAUCAACCGGGGUUGGAAAUCUGAGGAGUACCUAUUUCGUCUUGUACCAGGAAAGACUGACUCUGGGAAAGGAAAGUGUCCUUAUGACCCCAGACAGGAGAAUGUUGCAGCACUUGUAGAUGGCAGUCUUUAUGCAGGGGUCCACGUUGAUUUCAUGGGUACAGAUGCUGCUGUCUUUCGAACAUUGGGGAAGAGGCCAGCUGUACGCACUGAGCAGUAUGAUUCCCGUUGGCUCAAUGAUCCUGUGUUCAUCCAGAUGCAUGUGAUCCCAGACAGUGCUGAAAAGAAUGAUGAUAAGUUGUAUUUUUUCUUCCGGGAGAAGUCUUUGGAUGGAGGGAGCAGUCCCAAUGUGCUGUCUCGCGUAGGCCGGAUAUGCCUGAAUGAUGAUGGAGGGCAGCGCUCUCUAGUGAACAAGUGGACCACUUUCCUUAAAGCAAGACUAGUGUGCUCUGUCAUUGGAGAGGAUGGAGUAGAGACUUAUUUUGAUGAACUCAGAGACAUGUUUAUCCAGCCAACUCAAGAUGAACGCAAUCCGGUACUAUAUGCAGUAUUCUCAACAACCGGGUCUGUCUUUAAGGGAUCAGCAGUAUGUGUCUAUUCCAUGUCUGACAUUCGGACCGUCUUCAAUGGACCAUUUUCGCAUAAGCAGGGCCACAAUUACCAGUGGACACCAUAUGCUGGGAAAAUUCCAUAUCCACGUCCUGGAACUUGUCCAGGAGGCACAUUCACUCCAGGUAUACGCACCACUAAGGACUUUUCUGAUGAAGUAGUGAAUUUCAUUCGUACACACCCGCUCAUGUACUUAUCAGUGUACCCUUUGAAUCGUCGGCCUUUGGUGGUCAGGACAGGAGUUGACUAUCGUUUUACCACUAUUGCUGUGGACCAGGUCGAUGCUGUGGAUGGCCGUUAUGAAGUUCUGUUCCUUGGUACAGAUCGUGGGACAGUGCAAAAGGUAAUUGUGCUCCCUAAAGAUCCCAGCACAAUAGAAGAGCUCAUUCUGGAGGAGGUUGAAGUGUUUAAGACUUUGGCACCUGUCAAAACUAUGAAGAUAUCAUCAAAAAGGCAACAACUUUAUGUUUCUUCAGAAGGCGGCUUGACUCAAGUUUCACUUCACCGCUGUGGUGUCUAUGGAAAAGCAUGUUCUGACUGCUGCCUAGCCAGAGACCCAUACUGCGCUUGGGAUGGGGAGAACUGUGCACCCUUUACUCCAGCUACCAAGAGGAGGAGUCGCAGACAAGACAUUAAAUAUGGGGACCCUUUACGGCAGUGCCGGGGAUUCAAUGCUAAAGUGGAGAAGCGACUAGUUGAAACAUCUCAGUUUGGCGUAGAGGGCAGCACUGUCUUUCUUGAGUGUCAACCACGAUCACCACAGGCUUCAAUCAAGUGGCUAUUCCAAAAAGAUGGCACUGGCCGAAGGAAAGUGCUAAACCGUGAUAGAGAGGUUCUCAAGACUGGACUCGGGAUUCUCCUCAAAGGCAUCAGGAAAGAAGACAGUGGUUUAUAUCACUGUGUUGCCACAGAGAACAACUUCAAGCAUACUGUGGCACGGGUGUCUCUGCGCGUACUGGACAGAGAGAUUGUUGAUGCUCUUACAACCCCUGACAUCCCUAUUCACUCACAGUCCAUCCAGCUUGAACCGACUCCACACAGCUCUGCACAGACCCCACCAUAUUUUGUUGGGCAGCCAGAGAUCCGGCUUAUUAAUCAGUAUUGUGAAUCCUACUGGCACCAGCUGAACCCAGCACAAAGGCCCAAGAGGACAAGCCGGCAUGAUGAUGUCAAGGAUACACCAGAACGGAGGGACUGAGGAGCCAUGUCAGCAUAUCAAUUUACGAUCUGCUUUGAGGGUAUGAAGCAGUGAUGCCCAGAUUCUCUCCCAGGUGCCAUUCCAGAGCAAUUUUGUUCUUAAAACCAGGUGCUUUAUACCUUCUCUGACUGACAGCACAGACCACUUUAUUGUAUAAAGCUACAAGCCUGAUAGUCAGUCACGCAUUUUGGGUAUGCCAGAAAAUUAAAUUCCUAUCUGACUAACUUAUGUAGACUUCUAGCAAACAAUGACACACAUUCACUUUCAGCUAGAUGGCAUUCCUCACUUUUGCACCCCUUGUAAAUGGUAGGGAAAGUGGCAUAGUAGGCAAUAUGUAAGCCACUUACAGUAUAUCAUUUGGGACAACACAUAGCUUUCACAAGCUUUGUGAAUUACCACUCCAAUAUUAGAGGUGGCUUACCUUAAGAGAUUCAACUCUGUGACCCAGUAACUAUUAGGCUUUGAGGAAAUAGCGAGGGGAGCCAUGUAGAUGGAUGCAGGUUUUUAUUUGCAAAUUCCCAUUGGAAAAUAACAUUUACAAAUUCCUGGUAAGUUAUGCAACAACAUAAACCAGAGGCUAAGAUCAAGCUGAUUGUUCAGUGAAUUACAGCUGCUCAAUAAUUUCAUGCACAAGUGGAUAUACCAAGGCACCCAAAAAAUACAUUCCUUUCUAUUUCUCUUCCUAAUUUAAGAAUCUAAUAAAGUGAUUAUGUAAUUCAUGUUGUUUGUUCUGUACAAUGUAAGUAUACCAACCCACAUUUAUUUCUGACACUUGCAGAAAUAAACAAAAAAGCCACAAGAGAAAUGUCACCAUGGGACAUUUCUCUUGUCUUCCAGUUCCUGUAGCUUUCUUUCUAAUCUACAUCUGACACAUUUAACAUUCAAGAAUAUAAGAAAUAUCAUUCUUCCACUGCACUGUCAUCCCAGUUUACUUAGAUAUAUGUUAGCAGAGAUUUUUAGUGAAUUUAUUUUUUGUAAAUUGACUGAUUUGGAAUGUGGGUUACUUUUUUAUGUGGAAGGAACAUCUCUUUGUUUGAGUUAACAUGCCACAGUUGGCAGACAUUUGAAAAGGAACAGAGCUAUUGUAUCACAGAAAUGAGAAGUUGAAAACAUGAAAAGGACCAGCUUCCUGAAUUUAUAGAGAGCCCAUUUCCUGCAGUAAAGACUUUUCAUGAUCAAAUAUAUUGUGUUUCUUCAUGUUUUAUUAUUUUGACUGUAGGUGGAAAAUUAUAAAAGAGGAGAAAGUUAUUUGUAUGACAAUGUGGCAACAUGGUGAUACAGUGGCAUAAUGUCAUAUAUCUACCCAAGUAACCUAUCUAUGGAAAUUUUAAAAAGUAAUUUAGAGACACACUUGGCUUACAUCAGCCUCCGUGUGACUCUGAAAUGGAAUGGUGUAUUAGAAAAUGUAUGGAUGGUUACAUAUUAGUGUGUGUGCUUGUUAUUUGUUGUAAUUUUGCAAAGUUUUGUUUAUGCAAGAUACAAAGACUUACAGCCAUCAUCCUAAACUGCUAAUUCUCAUAUACAAAAAAUUCUAUCACUACACUUCUAUUCUGUUGCAUUUUGAGAAACCUCCUUAAAUUCAUGACAGUAAGCCCUGAUUAUAUCUGUUUUCCCAGAGUGAGGUCAAAUAUGAAAGCAGGACUCUGCUGCUUUGCAAACUGUCGGGUUUUCUCUGGGUACUUCUUCCCUUAGCUCUGAUUAGGGUCAUGCCCCUCUGUUUUAAAGCAUAAUGUAGUAUGUAACUGUUACUGAAACUCUGGAGACCACAGACUCAUAAGGACUCUUUAAAUAUUUUUCCCACAUAGAACACUUUUGGUAGUGCCUCUACCAAGUCACUUGAAAGUAAGGAGUUAGUUCAAUUUGAAUUAUUUUUUAAAAAUUAUUUCAAAAUUAAAUUCCCAAUUAAUUUUUAAGAGUAAUAUUUAAUUAUUGAAAUGGUUUCUGACUGUUACUCAGUGCUAAUGUGCAAUUGACCUCAUGUUUUAAUGUUUUAUCUCCUUUGGUCACAUUAUAUGGCAGCCCAUUUUCCACAAUCUCAUUUUUUAAAUUACGUACAUUAAGACACUGUAUUACAAGUUCUUCUUCUUACAGUUCUAUGUAUUAGUUGCUUGACCUUGGCUCAGAAAAAAAGAAACAGUCGUGUAGACAUGAUUCUGUAAUUGCUGCCACGUUCCAGCAUCAACUAGUGCCAUCUCAAUGGUGUCUGUGCAUUAUUGCUGGGCCUGAAUUGUAGAGGACUGGUCUUCUGUUGCUUCUUCAAAGCUGCACCGUACAUUGCAUAUUAGAAGACCGAAACCUGACCCACUGGCUGCUUUUUCUGCUGACGCAGGGCCUGCUUCGGCCAUGACAAAUAUUUAUUCUAGGAUGUAAAUAUUUCUUUAAACUAUGCACUUUGGUUGGUUUCAGAUUUUUUUUGUUUUGUUAUGCUUUUUGGGAAGAGGUGGAGAGAUUGCAUUUAUUAGCAGGACCAGAAGUCAUGUUUGUUACAUGGGACAGGGUGUGUUGCAAAGAUGUUUGACUUUCAUACAGCAGAUCUUUUUUUGUUGAGCUAAAGGAAAUAUUUAAUAACCUAGCUUAGUGUCACUUCACGGGCACCAUGGUUUCCAUCUGGCCUUCACUAAUAGCUUCUGGAAAGCAUUUCUCUUUUAAUUUUCCCUACUUUCCAUGACUAAAAGAAGCUUAUGUUUAGUCAAUUGUCUUCAGAUACACUACAAUAGACAUUAUUCAAUUAACAAUUUAUUUAAAAAAGCUGUGUCUUACAUUUUAGUUGAUAUCCAGCACAAAAAAUAACCUGUAGCCAUGUGUAUCCAAGUAUAAAUCCUACAUUGCCUAUAUGGACCUUUUGGCUGCAGCCCUGCAUUUAACUCCUAGGCAAUAAUGCACACUCCUCUUAUUGUCUGCAUAUGCCAUUCUCUAAAUACACUUAAGACUUCUUCUUCACAAUGGAAUCAUAAUUAUAGGAGUAUCAUGGCCACAGGCUUGUGUUCAAUGACCAAUGCUCAGCCAUCCAACUGUAGGGGCAUCACUUGCCAUCUGUGUGGGACAGGUUGUACUUCGAGGCGUAUACUGUAAAAUUAUAAAUAUUAGAAUGAGCAUAUUUGGAACCCUUUUCCCCAACAAAAUUUUAGCAGUGCAUAAAGAACAGGGUGACUGAAUGGCCUCAUGAACCUCAGAAGCUACACUGUAAAAAGAUUUAUUUAUACUUUAAUAAACUUUGUGCUGCUUUUAUUAAAUACACAACAUAAAAGUUGUUACAAAGAGUAAAUGAAUUUAUAGCCCUGUAGGGAAAAUGGUGCAGCCAUGAAACCUUUAAAAACAAGUCAUCGUUCUCCAUGCUGGGCAUUGACUAUGUCAACAUCAAGUCUCCUAUAAUGCACCAGCUUAGAGGUUCUCUGACUUGGGUGGUUACUUGUUUAUAUCACUGGUACUUAUUGAUAUUUUGAUUUGUAUGUAAUUAAUCAGCGUUUUACAAUGUAACAUAAUGCCAUUUCAGUUCUGUGUAAGAAACAAAAUGAAAGUCCCCUGUUGGAAUAUGAUGAGAUUUAAGUGGCUACAUGAAUGUAAUUAUAGUGAGGAAGAAAGAAAGGACUUAUCAGAGUAAGAUAUACUCAAUUUGCACUUUAUUCUCCAGCAGUGGCGUGACAGAUUCAUUUUUAAAACACUUACGCCUAGUAGUCAAACCCCACAUCUAUCUCAAAAAUAUAAAUAUCACGUGAUACUAAUUUGAGCCAACAUGCAUAUUGCUGACCUUUAAUCUUUGUCACUGUGAAGGAAUUUCUGCCACACGUCUUCACUGUUUUUUAUACUACAUUUUGGCAAGGAAAGAAGGUGCAGGACACCUCUGUCAGCCAAGUUUUGUUAAAAGCAAGGCAAAUCACAAAUGUUUUGUUUGUUUUUCCUUUUCCUGAAAAAUACGAAAAGCAUCCCAAUUCCUUGAGAAUAUGAGUGUGUAUUUAGUACGUUCUCAAAAUCAUUUUAAAAAUGUCUUCUUGUAAUCUGAUUUUAAAAUAAAUGUCAAAAAUGUAUGUGACCAUAACACUGCAAACAAGAAAACGAUCAGAUCUUUCACCCUGUGAAUGGAAUUGCAGGUUUAUAUUAUCUUUGUAUCAGGAAACAAAAAUGGACAAAAAAUUAUAAUCUGCUGUAUGGUCCUGUUGAAAAAUUUUAAUGAACUUAAUAUUAUAGUUCAUCUUUCCAGUGUACAUAGUAAAAAGUAAUGCACCCUCUUCCAAGUACAUAAAAAGAUUGAAAAUUAUAUUGUUUCUAACAUGCAGAGCAAGCAAAAAUCAUUCUCUCCUAACUGUAAUCUCUAAAGGCAGAAUAAGCACUCCAUUCUCACUGACGUUUUAUUUCUUUGUGUUGAAUUGUUUAUUGAAUAUUUCCCAGAUUGGCACCGUACCUCAUAUCUUUGCUCACCUUCCUCUCUGUCCGCAUCUCACUGCAGCUUCUUUCUUGAAGUCAUUCCUGGAUGAACACUGCCUGAAAGAGUUUAGACGCAGGUCACAUGGUGGCAGCUUGGUGUCUCUCAUUCAAAGUUUUGCAGGGGACCUCAAUUGCCAAGUCAAACUCUGUGAGUUUCACACAAAUUCUGCUAAACACUACUUGGUUCUUUUUCAUUUUGUGUAAAAAUGUCAAACUCUGCACAGUUCAACACGAGAAAAGCCUGUAGUGUUAUUAGCAAUAGGUGCAGUGACACAGAUUAUGUAUCGUCUCACGUUUGCCAAGGAACACAGCCUUUCUAGAAAGUUUUCCACUAAUUUUUUUAACUGAAAAAUAGAUCUUUUUUUGUAUUUGUAGAUUUUUUUGUGCUAGGCUAAAUUAAUACAUUUCUUUUGUAAUUAUUAUAAAAUAUUUUUUGCAGUUUGUAUAGAGAUAAUAAAUAUGUUUUCUAACCUUA